AUGUCUGCUGUUCAAAUCACCGCCUCCAUCACUGAUUCGCUCAAGGAGCUAGAGUCAGCACUCGCUCCCUCGAAUCAAGUGAAGCUUGAGCUCGAUCCUUCAUCAUGGUCGUCUGAAGCAUCGUCAUAUGCCUCCGACAACACUUCUGAAUACGCAUUCAACGAUAGCAGCAGCAGCAGCGAUGAUGAGAUGCCGCCGGUCAGCACCGUCAAGGGGCUAGUUAACAACUCUAUCGUUCUUCGCGAGUCCCACAACAACCCAGACAGUCCCUACUGCCUCCCUGCUGACAGCAAGGAGAAGCUCCGGCUUGAUAAGCAACACAACUUCAUUCGAGACCACAUCUGCGACGGUCGUUUAGUAUUAGACGACUCUCUCACCCUUGAUAAAGGGGCACUCGUUCUUGACCUUGGUACCGGCUCUGGUGCUUGGGCAUCUGAUUUGGCACAAUACCUACCAGCUGGCGUCGAAAUCAAGGGUUUUGACAUCAGCAACCGUCUCUUCCCGCCAAAUGCCCCCAACAUGACAUUUGCCAUCGGCAAUGUUCUAGACUUGCCAGAUCAUCUCGAUUCAAGAGUCACCCUUGCGCAUCAGCGCCUUCUCAUUUACGCACUUCGUCGUCAUGAGUGGAGCCGUGCCCUUGCCUCCAUCAGGAACACUCUGAUCCCUGGCAAGGGCGUUGUCCAGCUCACCGAGGUCCUCACGCCCGCUGGCAACCCUGGCGCCGCACAGGAAAAGUUCCAGGCUCUGCUCUCAUCAAUUGGUCUCAAGCGCCAGCUUCUUCUUGACUGCGGCGAACUUCUGCCAAUUCUCCUUGCAGAGGCUGGUUUUGUCGAUAUUCAAAAGAGGACUAUCAAGGUACGCCUUGGUGGCGCUGGCGGCGUGAAAGGCAUGAAAGCUGCUGCGUGCCGAGGCGGCGCCUUCCGCGGCAUGCGCGACAGCGUUCUUUCGGACGGCGGCUACGGCAUCGUCAACAGCGCAGAGGAGUUUGACAAGCUCGUCAACCGUGUUGUAACUGAAUGGGAAAGCAACGAAUGCUACGCCUUCUAUUACACAAUAACGGCACGACGUCCAUCUCUGGGUCUUACCCCGCCACUGUCGCCAGACCACGCUUGA